UGCAGCAUGUCAUGUAAAGAAGAUAAAUGGAUGGCAUGGACUCUACAGAGGAUUGUUGCCAAGGUAAACUAUAUAUGCUUUGGUUUCCAGAGGUUGUAACUUUUUUUGUCUUGGUGAGAAACCUUGUUGAUUAAUCAGUAAGAGAUCAGAAAUAAAAAUGUUACAAGUUAAAUACUGUAAUGACAGGAGGCCUCAGUCCUUGUUACUAAGCAAAAACAUCAAGUCAUUUUAACUUGUUUGUAUGGGAUUAGUUUCUAGUAAUUUAGACACCUAGUGUUUUAAAGUGAUUCCUCAGGCACUGCACAUCCCAUCCUGUUUAAUAAAGUCAUGUCAUCAGGGGAAUUCCAAGAUCAUGAUAUUGUUUUUCAAUAAAUGGACCAGGUAAAGAGGCUCUCUUGUCUUUAGCUCUUAAACUAGCAUGGUGACAUAUUUUUUGUUGCAGAAUUUUGGUGAAUAAAUUAUCCCCUUUUAAUUAGAGAAAUUAAAAAAGAAAUCAUUGAAGGGAAAAAAAGAUGGUUAACACCAUACAAAAGGCUCAUGACUCAAUGAUGAAAGUUAUGACCUUUAAAGCAAUCACUCAAGGAACGAGUUUUCAUCUAAAACUUGAUUUUUCCACAAAUUAUGUAUCAAAUUGUUUUAUAUUAUGCAUCAAAUUGUUUCUACCUAUCAAGUUUUUUUCAAGCUUUACUUUAAAACCCUUGCCUCCAACUACCUCAAAAUGUAUUUUGAACCAAUGAAAUGAGGCAUAUGAUUAGUGCCUGUACAGGCAUUUGUGGAGUAUAAAUUUGGCUCAUCAUAUCUCUUACACAAGCACUGAGUGAUCUUUCUUUUGAAUUGUUUUUUUUUUCCAAACAAACAUUGGUAGGAAGAAUUUAAGGAAAGUUUAAAAGAGAUUUUUUGAUGAGUUUCUUUUUCUAAGGAAUCACAUUUAUUAAUUAAUUAGUUAGUGCGCUGGGCUCUGGUUGUAGAAGUCCACAUUCAAAACCUGGCUGGGUCAUUGUGUUGUGAUCCUGGGCAAAACAAUUCACUCUCACAGUACCUUUCUUUACCCAGGAGUAUAAAUAGUUGGUGGUUAAUUGUCAGGAAAGCCUGAUGAAAUACAGGGGGUAACCUUGAGAUGGACUUAAGCAUCCCAUUCAGGGGGAAGUAGUAAUAUUUCUUUUGGCUUCAUGCUAUGGAAACCAGGAUAAGCUGCACCUGGAUGGGCCUUAUGGCUCUAGUAAAAAAAAUCUAUAAUGUGUAAUUUCUGCCAAAAAAAGUGGGUUAAAAGUAAAUAGGUUGAUUUGAAUGUUGAUAUUCUAUAAUAAAAGUGCUCUCACUUAAUGUCUCCACAUAAAAGGACCUUUAAGUUUGCUCAUCAGUAGAGAAAUAUUUUGUGGGAUUUAUUUUUGUGUGUUGAAGUAUCUGCUCUCUUCUUGGCUUAAUUUUAUGAGGUGUAAGUCCUUCUAAUCUCCAAGGUAAUUUUCAUCAUUUUUGGGAAACUUUAUUUCUGGUAUUACAUUAAUUGUUCCACUAUAACUGUUGUUAGGGUCUACUCAUCAAUGAUUGGAACUCUUGUAAACAAUACAAUGCUACAGGUAUUACUAUGGAUUCACUUAAACUAUAAUUAGUUUACCACAUUCCUUCUGUAGUUUGAUUUUUCCAAAGUAUAUAAUGUGAAUUUCUUACCUUACAUCAUGCAAUUGUGAUAUAGUCUUAUGUGAAUUGUGUAUUGAAUAGGCUAUGGAUAAAAAAGACAAUGCCCUUGUCCCCCUGGUUCCUCCAGAAAAUAAGGUGGGGUUGCUCUUUUUUAUUUUAAUAUGUUAUAAUUUAUCUUAAUUACAAUGAUUUGAAUGGUACAGCUCUGUAUGUUAAUUUGUUUUUCUCUGUUUCUUCUUGAAAUUUUUAGAGCUGGCGAGAAGAAUUGCUAGAGUUUUUUGAAGAGGUAUUUUGACCAAUUUUGCUCUUACUCCUUGCUUAAAUGGGGGCGCUGGAAUCUGACUUUUUAGAAUAUAUAUUAUUUAGCACAAUGGUUUGUACACCAAACUCUGGACUGAGGGGUAUGGGUAUGGGUUUGAACUUUGAAUAACUCUUUACACCCUAACAUCAGUAUGCAUAAUCUCCACAUUGUUCUUUGUACAUUUGCUAGGGUGCUGAAUGGGAGAAUUUGUUUGAUAAUCAAUAGCUUCUUUAGUUGGUGAUCAUUUCCUUCAUUCUUGUGACCUUGAUAUUUGAUUCAGGGUGAUAUUGUAAGGAGAAAUUAGAUGCUAGUCACUCUUAUGGGUCAACGGGUCAAGGAGGUGUCUGUCAGACUCUGACACACUUUGCUACCUCUUAGUCAAUGCGUGCAUGUAUCGGAGGAAUAAUUAUAAAUGGUUACCUGUAAACUGUCAGGAAAAUGUGAUGGAAUGCAGGGUGGGGGGUUUAUUGUGCAAUAGAUCAGGAUCAUAUCCAUAGGUUAAGUAGCCAUACUCCUAGUGGAUUUAUGUGUUGAAAGAAAGGAUAAGUACUGAAGGCCUGGUCUGGGUCACUUACCUCAGUGUUGAUGUUAAGACUAACAAAUUUUUUUUUUCUAUUAAGACCUGUGUACAGGCUGUGGCAAAAUGCAGUGGUAUCAUUAUCAGUCACCCAUUUUAUGGUAAAGUAACAAAACUGAAUCUUAGAUCAUAAUGGCUAGAAUUUCAAUUGAGGGUGAGACAUCUAGGGCUAUUAAUUUCUAGGUAACAAAAUUAAAGUAGAUAAGUAGUCUAUAAUUUCUGUAAUUUGUAUUUUUAUUUAUUUAUUUAUUUAUUUAUAUAUUUUUUAGCAAAUAUUGAUUGACCAAUGACACUUCUCUAAUUUAAUUUCAAGUGCUCUCAGUCAGAAUGAUGGUUCAGUUUGUUGGUCAAGAAACUAUUUACAGGUCAGUUCUUUUUCCACAUUCUGCUACAUUAAUUUUCAUCUCCAUUUGACAAUUUUUAAAUUUUAAGAGUAUUUUUUUCCUUGAAUUGGCAGAUUUUCUCAAAAUUUACUCACUUUUCAAAUUCAACUUACUAUUUGGAGAUGUAACGGCACCUUUUUUAUUGUUUUAACCUUUAACUCCCAACAUUUGAUUAUUAAAUCUCCCCUCCAGCUGCAACACAUAUCAUUGGGAAUUAGUUAUGAGACUAAUUUGGUGUUAGAUUAAAAUAACGACUUCUGCCUGAUAAGUUUCAAUAUUCUCAUUACAUGUUUGCUGGAUAAUGUAUGGAAUUAUAAAGAGAAGUUACGUGUUUGUUACUUCUGGGAGUUAAAGAGUUAAGAUAUCCUACACACAGGGAUGAUAAAUUGGAUGUUCUUUUCAUUACUUGAAUGUGCCAACCAUGGACAAGACUUGUACAUGUACAUGUUAAAUAUCUUUAUCUUAUUGCCUGUGUUAAUAAAUCUGUUUUCAGUGGACUAUGUGCAUCAGUCAAAGAGAUCUAUAGCAAUGAAGGACUUGGUGGAUUUUUUAGGUAGGAAAUGAAUGUUCUGUUACUGACUAAUUAUGUUACUAUGAUUUGAAUCGUCAUGUAGUUUCUUGCAAUAAUCAGUUUUUUAUAAGUGGAAUAAUUGAAAAAUUGAAUCAGCAGUAGUUGCACUCUUGGCUGAAAAUCAAUCAAAUGUAGCCAAGUGGUCCAGGCACAAAAUAUAGCUUGAACAAAAAAGAAGUGUUACUUUUAAUUAGAAAUUUCUCAUUCAGCAAGUACUUUUGUUUAAUUCAAAAGCAACGAUUAACAAUGACAGUGGCUUUGCAAAGAAGAGUUUUGUGGCUAUUUGUUGAGAAAUAAUUCAACUAGGAAUCACCUAACAAUAGUAUUUAAUUUGUGUCCUGUUAAAUGUCAUCUAUUGCUGUCAACAGUGGUAUCAUUCCUCGUCUUGUUGGAGAAGUCCUGUCCCUUUUGUUAUAUCGAGGAGCUUGCUUCUUGGUCAGCAAAUAUGCUAUUGACAGUGAGGCAAGUCUUAUCAUAUCAAAAAUUAAUAUAUAUGAUUUAUUUGUACUUUUUCACCAGAUGCAUAUUUGUCUGUAACCCAGUACUUAAAAAUGAUAAAAUUAACUCACAGUCUUCACAUGUUUUUCAUGCCUUCGUUGUAUUUCACAUCAACUUUUUUCACAUGCAUGCCAAAUUUGCCAUUUGGAAGGCAGGUUAAAGGCAUUUGAAAAGCAAAAGAAAGAUAUUAUACCUUCCACAUAGUAAUUCACACGCCUUUUAAACAUUUCUUGAAGCCUACAUCAUAAAAAACUGAGACUUGCAAUGUGCAUGUGCUUUAAUUUACAACCUUGAUGGUGAUUUGUGAUUCAAGAUGAACAAACAGGUGGUAAACCAUAGUCCAUCUCUAAAGCACUUGUUAUUGAUUUUGAAGACAAAAAAUAAAUUUCUCUAGUAGCAUGAUCAUCCAACUGACUACAGCUGUCUAGUUUGAUUCAUGCUGUGAGAUCAGUAGAUAAUACCAUUUAUUUGUAUUCAGCUUUAUCAGAAAGUUAAUGUGAUAAUUAAGUAACAGUAUGCCUUGACAAAGCUGCCAAUGAAGGAAAAACGAUUUGUAAAUUUGCAGGUCGGCAGAAGUAAAGAAGUACAAGUGUAUAGAGAUGUACUUUUCCAGGUAUAGCAUACCUGAUAGACAUCUUUAAUUUGCCCCCAAAAAGCUUCAUCACCUUUUGAAUCAAAGAAGAAGCACCAGUAUUUGGAAAAAAAAUGGAUCUAUUCUACAUAUUGAUUCAUUAUCAAAUUUAACAAAAUCCACUUGGGCUAAGGAUCUUACCACUUUUUUCCUCAUAAGAUAAGUUCUAUGUAAUAUGUCGUGUUUUAACUCAAGUUAUCUGGUAUAAGGGCUUUACAUGUAAAGUAAUUUGAAAGACCAGUCCUUACUAAACGUAUAAUAGAAGAUGCAUGUUUUGAAUUAUUUGGAUACGUUGCUACUUUUAAAUAAUCAUAUUAUAUGACUGAUGGGUGUUGAAUCUGAAUGCAAAGUUGUCAUAAAAUUGAAUUAUUAAUUAUUUAAUUUAAAGGAUAAAUAUUGUUUUCUGUUUGUUUUGCAGUAUGCUGCUGGAGUUGUGACCCACCCAUUUGUGUUGGUUUCACACAUGAUGAUAGUCAAUAAUGUUGGGUUAGCUUUACUUUAUACAUUGAACACAAAUUUGAAAAUUAAGCUUAUAAUCAAUGUCUUUCAGAGCAAAGCCAGUAAAAUAAUACAAAAAAAAUAUUUUGAUAAAAUAACUGUGUAAUACUCAGGGAAAAAUAAAAGAUAAGUGGUAUUUUAUGUUUGUUAACAAAUAAAUAUAUAUUUGUCCCUUGAGUACAAGAAUUAGUCUUUAAAGAGAAGUUUAUACAUGACAUCUACAAUUGGACAUGACGUCAGGGAUAAGGAACAAAGAAUGAGACUUUAUUCAACUCGUGUCCUCAAGUGGGUCAACCUAUUGCCUCUUUAAGUCUGCUUGCAGGCUAUUUAUAUUUAUAUAAUGAAAGAUUCCCGUUACACAACAAAAAGAGGUUAGAUUUACAAUGCUUAGAGUUAUUUAGGUUUGAACUGAAUGAAUUUUAAGACAGUCAUGUCGUACUUCAGAAAGUGUUCAUAAUAGCUUUUUUCUUUGCAUUUUUCUUUAGUCUGGCUGGUGGAAAGCCUCCUGCAAUGCCAGUGUUUGAUGGGUGGAGAGAUUGUUUUAGUUAUCUCAAAAAAACGGUGAGUUGCAGUUGAAGAUAGUGAUGAAACAUGUCAAGUAUAUCUUCUAUGUAGCUGUAAGCUCAAGCGCAGAUCUAGUGAGUGGUAUAAACAUAACGCAGCUUUUAGUUGAGCAGGGUGUCCCUACCCGCUUCUAAUGUUUUAGCAGUUAAAAUUAUUUAUUAUCGCCAGUUUUAUUCAUAAUCUUUCUUUUUAAAUGUUGUGUAUUAAGGAUUUGUUACAGAUUCUUAAGAUUAUUUAUUAUUAUUUCCUUCUUUUAGGGGAACUUGUGGCGUGGAUGUAGCAUUUUUCAACUGGUGUUGACAAAACCCGGAUCAGACCUGAUCGGACAAAACAGGACGUUGAAAAAACCCGAAUCAGACGGGGUGGGAUCAAGGAUCGGAUCAAGGAUCGGAUCAUGGAUCGGAUCACGGAUCGGAUCACAGAUCGGAUCACAGAUCAUGUGAGCGGAUCAUGUUAAUUCAAAUUAGAAAUUUUGCGUGACAAGUUACUACAUCACAGGCGACGAGCGGGGUAAAAAAAAGACCGAAAUACGAGUGGUCAGCGGUGAAACUACUUAAAUACAUAAUGCCUUAUAAAGACAGAUCAUUUGUAGUUGCGGAAAACAAUCGUGUUGUGAAGCUGAAAUGUUAACUGUUUACCUCGCUAAAUAAAAUGUUAAGCAAUGUUUCAAUAGUGUUG